GUGAGAGGAGAGAGGGACAGACAGACAGACAGACAGACAGACUGAGAGAGGAGCAGACAGGCGGCCGUUAGCAGAUUAGUCUCCGGCCGGUCACUCGGCUGAAAUCACGGAACCAUCAGAGCUGCUUUGGAAGCGGACAUUUAAACUAGCGGUGAACUACAUCUGAGCUGCGUUCAAACUACAUUCAGCGGCUCCAACGACACUCUGACGGCUCAUAGAUAGAUAGACAGAUAGAUAGAUAUUCGGAGGAAGAGGAGGAGAAAACCGACGAGAGGAGGAGGAGAGAGCCGAGACAGGAGGAGGACUGACGGACCGGAGGGGAAGGAGAGGAGGCUGGAGAGAAAAGAGAAAAGGGAGGAUUUUUUGGGGGGAGUUUGGUGCGGUUUUUGGUCCCCUCUCCUUCUUCCGAUCGCUUCCUCCUCUCCAGCCCUUCUCUGUCUUCCUCUGCUGGAGUAUUUAUGUCUGAUUUUAGGAGUCCGUAAAUGUUGAACUUGAUGGGUGUUUUAAACACCACCGCCGCCAAUGUCUCCUGUACUUGUAACUGCAAGCGCUACACCUCCCUCCAGAGCAUGGAAAUCACCCAGCUGGAGUUCGUCCAGAUCCUGGUGAUCGUGGUGGUGAUGAUGGUGAUGGUGGUGGUCAUCACCUGUCUGCUGAACCACUACCGCCUGUCAGCACGCUCCCUCCUCUCCAGACACGCCCCCACACGCAGGAGACACCUGCCAUUGGCCAGCGAGGGAAGUCUGUGGUCGUCUGAGGGCACAGGGACAAACAGUGGUCUGAAUGAGCACCAGGUGUAUAACCCACGUCCCCCAGACAGAGGGGUCCCCUCAUCCUACCUACAGCGGGAGCCUCAGCACGCCCAGCCCCAGUCCCAGCCUCCUCUCCAGUCCCAGCGCUUCCAGCACACGUACGCCCCGAGUCGCUUCCAGCCCACGUAUCCCUACCUGCCCCAGAGCCUCAUCGAUCUUCCACCCACCAUCUGCCUCUCAGACGGGGAGGAGCCCCCGCCGUACCAGGGCCCCUGCACCCUGCAGCUUCGAGACCCGGAGCAACAGAUGGAGCUGAACCGCGAGUCGGUCAGAGCGCCGCCCAACCGAACAGUGUUCGACUCCCACCCUCUGGACCCGUCCAGCUCCUGUCUGCAGGCCAGGCUGCAGGCCCCUCCUCCGAGCGUCCACCCAGGCAUCAGUGUGUUAGAAGCCCAGGAGGGCUUGUCCCGGCAGCAGAAGCAGGGCUCCCGAGUAGAAGGGGCUCCCCCAACCUACAGCGAGGUGAUUGGGCACUACUACCACCCGACAUCCCUAACCCCCAGCCACAACCAUCGGACUGUUUCGUCCUCACAAUCACCCGCGUCCUCGUUCAUUCACGGUCUGCUCCGACCUCCGCUUCAGCAGCAAGGAAGUGUGGAAAACAGGAAUGCAAAGAAUACGAAGGAGAAAUCCCAGAAGCCCCAGCAGGUGUGACAGUACUGCUUCCUCAUUCCUAGCCUGUGCGAAAACCAGGAUUAUGUCUGCUCGCCGCUUGGGAAAUGGUCAGUAGCGAAUGAGGAACACCCUGGUCAAUGGUAAAAUCUGCUCUGAAUGGUCGAAGGGCUGGUUGACGUUAGAUGUAGUCGUAGCUGACACGUGGUCAGUUCCAGUUUCCCCACUUCACGGAUCGGGCUAGGACUGGGAAGCAGCACAUGCACGCUUCUCGUUUAGGUAAGAACACCUGGAAACCACAUCGCUCCUGCAGAGCACAGUUGCAGGAGAAAAUCUGGUACUUCCUGUUCCACAACUUCUUACUUCCUGUCUGAGGAGCACUUCGGAUGAACCGCUGAUGAUGUCAGAGAAGGGGGCGGAAGGUGCAAAGGGAAGGGCGGAGUCAGAAGCCUCCUUCUUCCCUUAACAGCUCCACCUCCUCCCUCCUCUAUUAGACUGAUCUAACUAGUCUUUCAUUCAUUAUAAAUAUUUACUUGUUCUGUUUGUUUCUAUAGAAGUUUUUCUUUCUUUGUUCGUCUUUUUCGCGCUUACAGCAAAAUUCCUAUCCCGUCAAAUGGCGAAACGUUGCAAUCUUCUUGGUUCUUCCAGGUUUUGUUUUGUUUUCUAGUGAUAAUCGCCCUCGCUGCUUCGACUCCAUUCAGUUCUGUUUCACGCUCGCGACCGCACAGUCCGCCGCCGGCAGCGACUCCUGCUCCAGGCUUUAGCUGCAUCACCGGGACAUGUGAGCACAUUAGAGUCUCUCCAGACUGAGUUCAGAUUAGUUCGUGUUAGCUUAAACUAGCUUACCAGUUGUAGCACAGUGCUAAAAGUCCUCGAGCUAAACAUUCUGCCUUAUAUCGACCAACCGAUGCAGGAUUCGUCGCUGAAAUCCUUUUUCAGUCUUUUGUUUUUAUAUUAUUUUAUGUUUUCUAAAGAAGGUUUGCACAAAGUUCACAGAAAAAGAAAGAAAUCCGCGACACGAUUGAUACGAGAGAAAACAGAGAAAGUAGGGGUAUUUUUCUAAACUUGAUAGAUUCUUAUGAGUAAAGAUGUUUUUUUUUUUCUGUUUUAUAUGUUGUCUAGUUUUAGAAAAAGAAACAAACAUCAGUAAACUGUUGGGGUGCCAACUCUCUCAUUGAACAUUUUGCUGCAUACAUGUUGGCAUGUAUAUAUGUUACAGACUGAGUAUAUAUACACACAUGUAUGCAAACCGAGAGCGAACUUAAAAAGCACGAAUUUAGAGUUAUUUAUAUAAUUGCUGAAAAGAAUUGCACUAUUUUUUAGGAUGCGCAGAUGGAACGUGUGAGAGAGACUUUUAUUGUGAAGGAGCUCUGUCUAUUGAGGCGCAAACAGACGGAGAGAGACCUGAAACCACAGGGACUGACCGGGCGGUCGGACCAGCUCAGUGCACAGGUAUCACGGUAACAUAUCACGGGCAGAUUCUGACUUUGGCUCGACAGACUCGGAUCGACCGCUACUGUACCAUUGAUUCAAAGAAUAAAUAAAUCCCUCGUUUAUGCAAAUGCCUGAGUCCUGCGAGCCAACCACAAGUCAGCGUUCAACCUGCGGGCCCAAUCAGAAGCUCUGCUUGUCGCUCUCUCUUUCACCCUUUUGGCCGAAUCGUUAGCCAAUCCCAAAGCUGGCUGUCACUACCUCGACCAAACAAGUCAAGCACAUACGCGUGAAUCAGACUCCGUCACGCCGACAAGCGUCUGAACUAAUCAAGACGAUGUGUAAUGUAACAGUAGAGAGUAGAGCAGGAUGUGAUAGACUUAGUUUUUAAUCCUUGCGCGUGUUAUUUUAUUUGAGUGUCAGAAUUUUUGUUCGUCGGGUGCAAAGAGAGAGAAACGACGCAGAUCCGGCGGCAGCGAACGGCCCUUUGGUCGUGCACUGAGGGAAGAAGCCAGCUCGCCCUGCAGGCCCGAAAUAAGUGAUACACUGACUGUGCACUGAUGAAGACCACACACACCUCCAGUUUAUCUCCUGCCUUCUGAACACACACACACACACACACACACACACACACCCUCCCUCUGGUCAGUCUCUCUCUCUUGCAGGCAUCUCUGAGCACUUUACUGCACCAGGAAAGAGACAACAAUCUUCUGUCAGCCAGCGCCGGCCUCGGCUCGCCGCCACGUGAUAAAGACUACUGUAGAGUCCUUCAGUUCUAGAGGUUCAGUUCCAGACCUUCACACUUUUAAAAGAUGCAAAGAGUUCUGCUCCAAAACUUUAAACAUCCUUCAAGUGGAGAACAAAUCAUCAUCCCACUGCCUGAAACAUGAUUUAUUCCUCUGAAGUCUGCACGGUAUUGUCACUUAUUACCAGUAAAGUGCCAGACUCUCAGUACCAGGACCAACAUUUUUGAUCCUCACUUUAAGAAAUGUAGACGCGUUUCUCAACAAAACCUUCUUUUCAUAACUGUUACAUGUCCUUUGGGACACACAUGGGACACAUUUUGGGACCCAGCCGUGACCUCGUGUCCAUUUCAGAGUAAAUCUCAUUGUUUAUUUUGAACCUGGGGAUAUUUCAGUCUUGGAACAGAACUCUUUGUGCGUUGAACGCAGCACGAGACGGGUUGUGGCAAACUAGACACAUUGAAGUGUUGAAAAGUGACACGAGUGUUGACAGCAGCUCGUCUUUUGUCGUCUCUUUAAGAGUGUGGAGAUGAAGAUUAGAAUAUUCAGACGUUUGUGGUUUUUGCUGCUUGUGUGACGGGUUGAGCGUGACGCCCGCUCUUUUAACCCGGACGGUUCCACAGGCCCGAACGAAGCCAGCGCCCUUUAGUGUCCAGUCUAUAUGCAACAGCGCCCUCCACAGGGACCAAACCGCAGCCAAAACCCCCGAAGCUGAGUCAGCCUAACUUUGUCAAAAGGCCAAAAAAAAAGACGUUUUCUAUUCUGAUGAGGUGAAUCCUUAAAUCCUUUACUUCUGUUUUCCCUCUUGUGUCCAUCACAGUCACACAGCCGAGCAUCUGUGUUUCUGAGAGAUAAAUCUUAACAACACUUUGCGCUGUUUUCCCAGAAUCCUCAAAGAGCCAUCCGACCAUCUGGAUGCGAAAAAAAAAAAAAAAAAAAGUAAAAA